AUGAAGUACGUUGUUGUGUCUGGUGGUGUCAUAUCUGGUAUCGGAAAGGGUGUAUUGGCGUCAUCCACCGGUCUUCUUUUCAAAACCUUGGGAUUGCGAGUCACUUCCAUUAAGAUCGACCCCUACAUGAACAUUGAUGCGGGAACCAUGUCUCCCUUGGAGCACGGUGAGUGUUUUGUGUUGAACGAUGGUGGUGAAGUUGAUUUGGACUUGGGUAAUUAUGAACGGUACUUGAACAUUACAUUAACAAGGAACCACAAUAUCACCACGGGGAAAAUUUACUCCAAGGUUAUUGAACGUGAGCGUAAAGGUGAUUAUUUGGGGAAGACGGUGCAGGUUGUUCCACAUAUUACGAAUGCGAUCCAGGAGUGGAUUGAGGAAGUUUCGCGUGUUCCUGUUGAUGACACGGGAUUGGAGCCUGAAGUGUGUAUCAUUGAGUUGGGUGGUACUGUGGGGGACAUUGAGAGUGCUCCGUUUGUGGAAGCGUUAAGACAGUUUCAGUUUAGAGUGGGUGGUGGAAAUUUCGCCUUGAUUCACGUGAGUUUGGUUCCCGUUAUCCAUGGGGAGCAAAAGACCAAGCCGACCCAGGCUGCAAUUAAGGAUUUGAGGAGUUUGGGGUUGACUCCAGACAUGAUUGCGUGUAGGUGUCAAGAGGAGUUGGAGCGUCAGACUAUUGAAAAGAUUGGUAUGUUUUGCCAUGUUGGUCCUGAGCAAGUUAUUGCAGUUCAUGAUGUUAACUCCACUUAUCAUGUACCUCUUUUGUUGAAGCAGCAGAAGAUGAUGAAGUAUUUGACUACUAAAUUGAAUAUUGGUGAAGUGGAUUCUGCGGCUUUGGUUAAAGGUGAACAAUUGUUGACUAAAUGGAGACAAUUGACUACUGCACAUGACAAGUCAUUUGAAACAGUUACUAUUGCGCUUGUUGGUAAAUACACCAAUUUGCAUGAUUCUUACUUGUCGGUGAUCAAGUCGCUUGAACAUGCGUCAAUGAGAUGUAAUCGAAGAUUGAAAAUUGAAUGGGUUGAAUCAACCAAUUUGGAAGAAGGGAAAAAGGAGGAAAACUUGUCGGAGUACCACAAGGCAUGGCACUAUGUGUGUCAAGCAGAUGGAAUCUUGGUUCCUGGUGGGUUUGGAUCACGUGGAAUUGAGGGUAUGAUUGCCGCUGCCAAAUACGCCAGAGAGAAUGAUGUGCCAUACUUGGGAGUUUGUCUUGGUUUACAAAUUGCUGUUAUUGAAUUUGUGCGUAAUGUAUUGGGGGUUGCCAAUUCGACGUCUCAAGAGUUUGAAGAGUACAAGGAAUCGGAUGGGAUUGUUCCCUCUGUGGUGUACAUGCCCGAUGUUGAUCAAGUGAAGUUGGGAGGUACGAUGAGGUUGGGUAUUCAUGAAACCAAAUUUUCGUCAACUGAUUCGCAAUGGAGCAACUUGCGGAAAUUGUACGGUGGUGCUGACGCAGUGUAUGAGAGACAUAGACAUAGAUACGAAGUCAAUCCUGACUUGAUUGAGCAGAUUGAGAAUGCUGGGUUGAAGUUUAUUGGUAAAGAUGAGCUGGGCAAGAGAAUGGAGAUGAUUGAGUUGGAUCACAAGUUGCACAAGUUUUUCAUUGGUACGCAGUAUCAUCCUGAGUAUUUGUCGAAGGUGUUGGAUCCAUCUAGACCUUUCUUGGGGUUGGUUGCUGCGUCAGCUGGGAUUUUGGAGGAUGUGUUGAGUAGAGAUGAUUUGAAUUACAAGGGGGAGUUUUAA